GCUUUCCCGAGAAGAAUGAAACAGGAGCGUAUGCGAAGUAGACUGAAUAUGGUAACCGGCUGCAAUACGAGCUCCACCAUGCAUGAAAUCGUGCAUAUCCGGGUCUUCCCUUUCCCUUCUUGCAUCUCUGACUCCGCGCCUUUUUCAGUAACAGCUCAAUCAUACCCCCCACCUACUACAGCGUCUAGCCUACGUACUUUCUAAAGAUCUUGGCUAUGCCAAACGUCCUUGUUCUCUCCUUUGAGGGGUUCUCCUUCUCCUCUCGCCAGCUCUACGAACAUCUAUCCCCGAAGCUUCUUUCGCGCGCAGCAGUUCACGAGUCACUCACUGUGGAAGAUGCGCUGCACUGGAUCCACUCUGGCUGGCCAAAUGUCGUUCUUGUCACAGACUCGGUCAUAAGCCUAGAGGAGCAUCAGAACCUUUUGAUAACACUGGUCGAUUAUACGAAACACGGCUGUAUAACAGUACUCGUGGGUCUGUUUGCACCAACCGUAGAACUUGACAGACUGGACGGCCUAUUCAACAGCUUUGGUCUUCAAUGGCGCGCCGGCAGCAUAGCGCAGCAUAGAACAAAACUAGUGGGAUCAAUAGAUAAGAAUAUCAUCCGGAUCGACAGCUUGGUAGCCUCGUUUGAUGCAGAAGCUCUCUUCCUAGCCGACGGGGUGUCCACUGAGCAAGUGCUCUAUCAAGCUGCGGGAGUAGAUGCCUGGGGCGUAUACGCUGCGUUCGGAAGAGUCGGACUAGGCAAGCUGGGUUAUGUUGGAGACACUGGAUAUGGAGAAGAGGCAGAGAGACUGAUCCUGUCCAUGUGCCACUUGGACCGCCCGGAGGAACGUCUUCAAGCUGGAGUGUUAUGAUCUACCUACAUAUCAUGCUGGUGGCAGAGACUGGCCUGCAACAAAAAACAGUGGGGUGUGUUCGACCUAAACGGGACGUAGGUAACACCUCCAAGUAAGCGCCGCAGAAUACAGAAAUCCUGCAAUAAUAGUAAUCCAAGUCCCCCUUCUCCAGUUGCAGCACGAUCACCAUCGUUAUCGUCAUACAUUGAAUUUUCUUGGAGAUGCAUGGCUGCUUAACGAAGGGUCGUCGCAUGAAUUGAAGUAACGGCUUGAAAUACUUCGCUUAGUAGCUAUCGAUCUCUGAGUGCAGGGUAGAUCGGUUUAGCUCGUAAUAUGCCAGGGAAGUCAUUGACUUCGAAUACUAGCCCCUAGUACUGUUGGGCAAAUUCGCGACCCGUAGUUCCACAACCAUCGCUCAGUUCCUGUUCAGAGCAUAUGGACCACGUGCAAACUCUUGACUC